AUGUUUUAUGAAAGAGAAGACAAUCCGAUGUACAAUUUGAGUGUGUUUGCUACAUAUGAAUCCUACAAUCAAUUGGAUAUCAAGAUUGAAGAUCUUGAAAAACGACAAUUUCAUAUUCCAUCUGACAUGGAGCCCUUUAAGAGCAUUUAUAAUGAUAUCAUUAAUCCAAUCGCAUGUUCGCAUUAUGAUUACGAAACUAAAAUAGAUGAAUCCCCUUUUAAAUUUAAUGUUAUCAGAGCUGACACAUAAGAAACCAUGCUAUCUUUAUAUGAUAUUAUAGUCUCCGAAUUAUACAGCGAAUUUACAAUAAAAAUACCAACCAAAUACUUAUUUGGAUUGGGAGAGAGAAAUCAGAAAGGAUUCAGAUUCAAGGAAGGAAUUUACACUCUGAUGGCAAAAGAUGUACCGUAAUUAUUAGAGGAUGGGAAGUAACCAGGCAAAGGUGUCUAUUCAUCUCACCCAGUUUAUUUGAUGAGAGAAAGAUCAGGCAAAUACCAUGUGUUAUUUUUUAAGAAUAGUUCUCCAAUGGAUGUCAUAUAUAAAGACGAUAAGUUGACUUUCAAAUAUAUCGGUGGAAUACUGCAACUGAAACUCUUCUUAGGCGACUACGAUCCUGAGACUGCAGUUAAAUUGUAUCACUCAUAUUUAGGAGGUUGGGCAUUGCAUCCUUUUUGGGCUAUGGGUUAUCAUCAUAGUAGAUGGCCAAUCAAAAGCAGUCAAAAACUAAAGGAGUACGUUUAUAAGCACAAGGAACACGAUAUCCCCUUAGAUACCAUAUGGUCAGAUAUUGAUUACAUGAAUGAUAGACAGAUCUUUUCAGUCGAUGAGAUGAGGUUCCAUAAGAAUGACUUCGAAGAAAUCUAGAAUCAAUUAGGAGUGAAUUACAUUCCAAUCAUUGAUGUUGCAGUUGGAGUUAAAUAUGGUAAACAAGAUAAAGGAUUCAGAGAGGGGAUCAAUUUAGAUAUCUUCUUAAGAUCUCCAAAUACAGGUCAAAGAUUCAGAGGCAAGGUAUGGCCAGGAUCUUCAUAUUUCCCUGAUUUCUUUCAUCCCAAUUGUUCAACCUAUUGGAGAACUAUGAUCAAGCAUCUCUAUUAAAGCACUAAUUUUAGUGGAUUAUGGAUUGACAUGAAUGAACCAACUAAUUUCUGCGAUGGAGAAUGUGAUCUACAAUAAGGAAGAGAUAAAUGGAAUUCUACAAUGGACUACACUGAUGUGAAUGAAACUUACAAAAAUAAUCACAUUAGAUUCCCUUACAUUCCAGGAGUGUCACCACUUGAAAAGAUGACUCUUCCUCCGAAUCUGUUCCAUUAUGGUAAACAUCUCCAUAAAGAUGUUCAUAAUCUGUAUGGAUUGCAAGAAUCAUUUGAAACUUACCAAGCAUAAAAAGAAAUCGGAAAACCAUUGCCUUUCAUUAUUUCAAGAUCCACAUUUCCAGGCAGUGGACAUUUCACUUAGCAUUGGGAAGGAGACAACGAAGCAUCUUAUACCUUCCUGUAUUUAUCAGUUGGAUCUACUAUGUAAUUCAACAUCUUUGGUAUCCCCAUGGUAGGUGCUGAUGUUUGCGGAUUCUUAGAUAACACUACUCCUAAAUUGUGUGCUCGUUGGGUGUAAUUGGGUAGUCUUUAUCCAUUUUUCAGAAAUCACAAUAACGACAGAGCCAAGGAUCAAGAAUUCUACUCUCUCGGUGAUGAUGUCUUGUUGGCUGCCAGAAGAAAUGUUAAAUUAAGAUAUUCUAUUAUCAAAUGGUAUUACUCCUUGUUUUUGAGAUCUAAUCACACAGGUACAAUAUUUCGUCCAGUCUUCUUUGAAUUUAAUGAUGAUGUUAAUCUUUUCAAAGAUGAAGUCUUAGAUACUUAAUUUCUUAUUGGAGAUGAAUUGAUGGCCACUCCUAUCUUAGUAGAAGGUCAAACCAUUAGAAAAGCCUAUUUCCCCAAGUCUUAUUGGUAUCAUUUCUUAAGUGGAUCUAGAUUACAAAAAAUAGAAGAUCCAGGGUAAGAACAUUUUGUUAUGUGUAAAUACACAGAUUAUGUACCCUUAUAUAUAAAAGGGGGUAGUAUUAUCUUGUAAUAAAAUAUUACUUAAGUGAAAUCUGUUAAGGAUCUUAAAAAUCACUAUUAUGCUGUCAUAGCCAUUGGGGAAAAGGAUUCUUUUGGUACCAUGAUAGACUUAGAUGAAUUCUCCGAUUAAAAGAUCGUAGAGAAAUGUGAUCAAUUAAACUGCAUUCUUAAUGUUAAUUUCUCAAAAUAAGACAAUCAAGCGGAAUUUACAAUCGUAAGAGCUGAUAACGGAGGACCAGCAUCAUAUCCAUUAUUUAUCAGUAGAUUGAAAAUAUAUGGUUUAUCGCCCUCUUAAACCAUUAAGUGUUCUAGCAAUAAAAUUGUUGAAUGUUCAUACAGCAAUGAAAAUACUUUCCCAUAUAUAUCUAAUAUAUAAUUAAAUGAAGGAAUAGGACUUGAGUUUGGUGAAACCACUGGAGUGUUCAAAUUAACAUUGUAAUUUUCAUGA